AUGAGCACAGAUUGCACAUUGCAAGCAUGUGGCGCGUUCCACGAGUCUCUGGUCGUCCAGGAGGUUUUCAGGAUGGGCUGGAGGAUGCUCAACCCAACGGACUUCGAGGACGACCUCGGGCAAAUUCACUCGCUGUUCCAGGUGGCUCCCCGUGAUGUGGAGAGCAGCUUGCCCAGAGGCAAGUCUGUUAAGACGUUUGCGCUGGGCUGUCACGGGCCGCCCCAGAAUCGCCACAGGUGGUGGAGGCCCUCGUGCGCCGAAGACGAGGUGGUGGCGUUCUACAACGAGGCCCGGGUCCAGCUGACCGUGCCGGGGAGCUACUUUAUGGCCUGCGGCUUCAACGGCGGCUACUUCGGCAUCCAGGACCACGGCGACGGUCACCACCGCGUGCUCUUCUCCAUCUUGCCCAUCUGGGACGCCGGCAGCGAGAUGUACCAGGGGAGGGACGACCCCAGCAGGGUGGAGUCGGCGGACCGCGUCGAGGUCUUGCACGCGGCCAGCGGUGUGGAGGUCAAGCGCUUCGGGGGUGAAGGCACGGGCGCCCAGUGCCUCGACGACGCAACCGGCUGGUCCGUGGGCGACGUGGUGGCCCUGUGCGUGGAGUGCUCCCGCUCGCCCGGCGGCCGCGCCUGCUACGCGGCGCACGUGCGCUCCGGGGCCUCGGGCUGGAAGCACUUGGUGUCCUACCGCGUGGCGCACGGCAGGCCCUUCGGCGGCUUCUAUUCCUUCAUCGAGGACCCGGGGACUUCCGGCGGGACCACGUCAGCACGCUGCAGGAGCGGCGCGCCCACUUCGGGCCCGCGUGGUUCCGGCGCCGCACCGACGGCGGCUGGGCGCCAGCCUCCGCCGCGUGCUUCACCGCCAGCGGCGCGGAGUGGGAGCGUCCGGACAACAUCGACACCGGCGACGGGCUGGCGCCGGGGAUGCGGAUGAUGCUGGCAACUGGCGGGGACCAGCUUGCGGGCCAGCACAAGCUGUCGUCCUGGGCCACCAUCGCCGGCGGCGCGCAGAAGCGGGAGGAGGGCUGCCUUUCGAAGAGGCCCAACCAAAUCCCUCCCGAGCGGCGGCGUCGACGACGUCGUCGCCGACGGCGCCGCCGCUCGCCGCGCACCGCCGGCCGUCGACGCCUCCGAGUGCCGGCCGCCCAGCGACGCCCCGUCGCGCCUGCCCGCCGCGCCCGACGCGGCCGCGGCGCUGGCGCGCUUCGUCGCCCCCGCGCCCGCCUGCGCCCUCUGCGCCGCG